AUCAUCCAGUUUUCAUCUAUUUUACAAAACAUAAUGGGUAAGGCUAAGAGACUGAAAGUGUCCAAGACAGGUAGAUCUGAAGGUCUUGAUCAACAGAUUUCAAACGAAGAAUUUGCAGUAAAUAAAGGUCGAGUUAAGACGAGGAAAAGGACUGAUGCAGAUGAUGAAUUUGUUGAUGACAAACUGUCAGCAAGGAUUUUGAAACAAGCUCAGAAACAACAGCAAGAGCUUGAAGAAGAAACAGGAGCAAGUGGCCCAGCGUUCAAAGUACGAGCCACAUCAUUGGGUGCAGACCUUGAAGAAGAUGAAUGUAACAGUGGUGAAUCAGACUUUGAAAAUGAUUCACAGUUUGGGGAAGAUGUGCAAGUUGAUGAAGAGGAUGAAAAGGCACUGGCAAUGUUUAUGAAUCCUAAUCCGGCACCCAGAAGAACUCUAGCUGACAUUAUAUUAGAGAAAAUAACAGAGAAACAAACAGAAAUCCAGACACAGUUUUCUGAAAUAGAAAGUGUCAAAUUUCAAGACGUUGAUCCACGCGUAAAAUCAUUAUACCUCGGUGUAGCAUCAGUUUUACAUCGCUAUCGGAGUGGAAAACUACCAAAGGCGUUCAAACUCAUCCCUUCUUUGCAGAACUGGGAACAAAUUCUGUACAUUACUGACCCUGAAAAAUGGAGCGCGGCUGCCAUGUAUGCUGCUACACGGAUAUUCACAUCAAACUUAACGGAAAAAAUGGCUCAGCGCUUUUUUAACUUGGUACUUUUACCACGAGUUCGCGACGACAUUGCUGAGUUCAAAAAAUUGAACUUCCAUCUCUAUCAAGCUCUGCGCAAAGCCCUUUUCAAACCUGGGGCGUUUUUCAAAGGAUUUCUUCUACCACUUUGCGAGAGUGGCACCUGCACCUUAAGAGAAGCUAUCAUUGUGGGCUCCGUCAUUUCGCGAUGCUCCAUUCCUGUCCUACACUCUGCUGCGGCCAUAUUAAAGCUAGCUGAAAUGAACUACAGUGGAUCGAAUUCCAUUUUUCUGCGGAUCUUUUUCGACAAAAAAUACGCUUUGCCGUAUCGUGUAGUUGAUGCAGCUGUUCACCAUUUCGUCAAAUUUCAGCUCGAUUCAAGGGAAAUGCCCGUUUUGUGGCAUCAGUCGUUGUUGACGUUUUGUCAGCGAUACAAAGCGGAUCUUAGUAGUGAACAGAAAGAGGCAUUGCUUCAGCUCAUCACUGUUCACAAACACCAUACGUUAACACCAGAAAUCCGCCGUGAACUGUUGCACUCUGCUUGCAGAGACGAAGAAAUGGUUGAUUAAUCCAAGCAUAGAGCGAUCAAUAAAUUUGAUAUCCGACCUUUA